UCGCCUGCCAAAGCCAGAGCCGGCAUCCGCGGUGCUCCCGGGCCGCACGGCCACAGCCGGCAGGCUCUCCGAGCGGGUCCUCCUGACCCUCCACCCCGGCUCUCCAGAGUCGUCCGGAUCCCUGUCGCGAUAGUGGAGAAGGCGAGAAGGACAGUCUUCCGUACCGCUCUGUCCCCGCCAGGGAAAGACAGCAAGUUGUGCUGCGCCCGGGACCCGCUAGGGACCGUGGCCGCCGCCCGGCCGGGGGCCACCAUCAUUACUACAAAGUAUGAAGGGUUGAUACCCAGGAAGACUAAAGAUUUGUUGCUGCCAGUAGCUGCAUCCUCCCUGAAGAACUGUGGAUUACCUGGGAGCGCCUAGUGAUCGCACACCUUCAUUCACGCCUCCAGGACAGUCACAUUGGGUCCUCACUGCAUUCCCGGUGAAAGAUGGCAUCCAGCCUGACUUGUACUGGAGUAAUCUGGGCUUUUGUCUCCUUCCUUUGUGCUGCCACUUCCUGCGUGGGCUUCUUUAUGCCUUACUGGCUCUGGGGAUCUCAGCUGGGCAAGCCUGUGUCCUUUGGCACCUUCCGGAGAUGCUCCUAUCCUGUGCACGAUGAGAGUCGGCAGAUGAUGGUGAUGGUGGAGGAAUGUGGGCGCUACGCCUCCUUCCAGGGCAUCCCCAGCGCAGAGUGGAGGAUCUGUACCGUUGUGACAGGCCUGGGCUGUGGCCUGCUCCUGCUGGUAGCUCUCACCGCCCUUAUGGGUUGCUGCGUGUCAGAGCUCAUCUCCAGGACAGUAGGAAGGGUGGCUGGAGGAAUACAGUUUCUGGGAGGCUUGUUGAUUGGCGCUGGCUGUGCCCUCUACCCCCUGGGCUGGGACAGUGAGGAAGUCCGGCAGACUUGUGGCUACAUCUCUGGCCAGUUUGACUUGGGCAAGUGUGAGAUCGGCUGGGCCUACUACUGCACCGGGGCGGGCGCUGCAGCCGCUAUGCUGCUGUGCACGUGGCUGGCUUGCUUCUCGGGCAAGAAGCAGAAGCACUACCCCUACUGAGAGCAGGCCCUCCCUCCCUCGGGAGCAAGUGGCAGAGAGGACGGACCACGGGGGACUGAUGGGGCCAAAGCAUCGGCUGCUUCCACAAGGAGGUUCUAACCCAGUACAACGUUAAUGUGAUGAAGUCAGAUCGAAUCUGGAACAUUCUCUAGGAAGGGGCGGGUGGUGGGGAAGUUGUCAAAAGCGUGGGGAAUAUGGGACAAUGGAGGAAAAUGGACCAAAGGCUGAGAACACUGUAGGAUGUUGUGUGUUUCUAUUCCACAAGGAUUAUUAAUGUAUGUCACACACACACAGCAAAUCUAUAUAUGCAAAUGAGGACCUCAUUUUUGUUCUCCUUCAAAAAGAUGAGGACUAGGGGAGUCAAAAGGGCUAGUAGAAACAGUAUUAUCUUAGGAAGCAGGACACGACAUGUACCCUGCAGACAUUCCCUGACAAUGAGGACUGAUCCUGAAAGCACAUAAUCACAUGCAUACAUACAUACAUACACACGCAUCACACACACAUCAUCACACUGCUGCACAGGGGGCAGCUGUGCACUGCUGCUCCUGAGUUUUUAAAAAUAUCCAUCUUACAGUAUCAUCACUUUAUAAAAGCAUACAUUAAGCCUAGUCCAUGGACCAAUAAGCCACUCUCAGUAUUUUUGAUAUCCUGCAUAAAUGCUUUAUGCCCGCAGCGUAUCUUUGGUGUUUAUGCAUAUCUUUAGGGGUAUUUGUAUUCAACGUUAUUCAAAGACAUAGUAGUGAUCUGAGUAGCUUCUGCUGUAAUAUCCUUGUGAAGAAACAGGACAGCUUUUGUCCACAAUAGGUAGGAAUUCAGUUGCAGAUUUGAGAGUGAAGAGAAUUCUUUCUCCAGUUAUUGGAUUUUUUUGGUUCAUUAUCCUACUGUGCUAUACUGCAAUUAUUUCAAUAUUCAUUUUUUAAAGGAAAAAAAGCACUAUUUUGUUUGUAUUUGAAAAGCUCUGUGAAUAAACUCUCUUUGAUCAAUA